GACAAACUCAACUGUUUGAACCGGACAUUUGCCAUCAGAGCUUCACUCCAGGAACACGCUCUGCGGGUCUGGACAUCAUGUCUAUGCGCUUUUCUUCUGCAUCCAGACGGCUUGGCUCCAGCGGGGGAGCGGGUUUUGGGGCUGGAAAUGCAUGUGGUGUGCCGGGCAUUGGAAGUGGCUUCUCUUGCGCUUUUGGGGGCAGCUCAUCUGCGGGAGGCUAUGGAGGGGGACUGGGUGGGGGGAGUGCUUCUUGCGCUGCCUUCACUGGGAAUGAACACGGCCUCCUGUCGGGCAAUGAGAAGGUGACGAUGCAGAACCUGAACGACCGCUUGGCCUCCUACCUGGAAAAUGUGCGAGCACUAGAGGAGGCCAACGCUGACCUGGAGCAGAAGAUCAAGGGCUGGUACGAGAAAUUCGGGCCUGGUUCUUGCCGUGGUCUUGAUCAUGAUUACAGCAGAUACUUCCCAAUAAUUGAUGACCUUAGGAACCAGAUCAUUUCUGCAACUACCAGCAAUGCCAAUGUUAUCCUGCAAAAUGAUAAUGCAAGACUAACAGCUGAUGACUUCAGGCUAAAGUUUGAAAAUGAACAGGCCCUUCACCAGAGUGUUGAUGCGGAUGUCAGCGGUUUGCGCAGGGUCCUGGACGAGCUGACUCUGUGCAGAACCGACCUAGAGAUCCAGCUGGAAACCCUGAGCGAGGAGCUGGCUUACCUCAAGAAGAAUCAUGAGGAGGAAAUGAAGGCGCUGCAGUGCGCGGCCGGCGGGAACGUGAACGUGGAGAUGAACGCGGCACCCGGGGUGGACCUCACCGUCCUGCUGAACAACAUGCGGGCCGAGUACGAGGCCCUGGCCGAGCAGAACCGCCGGGACGCCGAGGCCUGGUUCAACGAGAAGAGCGCCUCCCUGCAACAGCAGAUCUCCGACGACGCUGGUGCCACCACCUCUGCUCGGAAUGAGCUGACCGAGAUGAAACGCACUCUUCAAACCCUGGAGAUCGAACUCCAGUCCCUCUUGGCAAUGAAACACUCCCUGGAGUGCUCCCUGACGGAGACAGAAGGCAACUACUGUGCGCAGCUCUCCCAGAUCCAAGCUCAGAUCGGGGCCCUGGAGGAGCAGCUGCACCAGGUCAGAACCGAGACGGAGGGCCAGAAGCUGGAGUACGAGCAGCUCCUUGACAUCAAGGUCCACCUGGAAAAGGAAAUUGAGACUUACUGCCGCCUGAUUGAUGGAGAGGAUGGCUCUUGUGUUAAAUCAAAAGGCUAUGGAGGACCAGGGAAUCAGAUAAAAGAGUCCUCUAAAACCACUAUGGUUAAAACAAUUGUUGAAGAAAUAGAUCCUCGUGGCAAAGUUCUCUCCUCCAGAGUUCACACUGUGGAAGAGAAAUCCACCAAAGCCAACAACGUGAAGAGUGAACAGAGGGUGCCUUCCUGAACUCCAGAAGAAGAGCCCCUAAAUUAAAAUACCAAACUGAAGCUCGGUUCCUAAAUAAAAUCUCGCUUACUUUUUUGCUUUUCUUCCGAUGAAUUAAGACAAGCUAUUUGUCAAAUGGUAACAUUUCUUUGGCUUUCUCUAUGGUGGCAUGUCAAUAAAAGUUCUUCCUGUUGCAA